UUGUUUUCUACUUUGUCAAUUUUUUAUUCAUUUAAUUGUUCAUAAUCAGAGCAAAUAUUCACAUAAAAUAAUGGACGUGCCUUUGCCUUCACUUCUUCCUGGUAUUUUCCCUACAACGAAUAGCAUGCUUCGUGGGUCAGGUAUUCUCUACUGGCUCUCAUCAAAAGCGGGUCUUAUUAAUUGCUCAAAGCCAGUUCAUGCAACUGUUUCCUUCCAGAUCAAAGUUUGUUUGAAUUUUUUUAAAAAUUGGCUGGGUUCGGGGUGCUAACUUUGGUACUUAUUUACUCCUCUGGUCAAUUUUUUCGGUAAAUACGUAAAAAAUGGUCAGUCAAUAGAACUCGUUCAACUGUGUCAAAUGACACCAAAAUCAACCCCCGGUCUUAACUUUGGCCCGAGAUGAAUAAUUUUUUUUUAUGUUUACCGAAAAAAUUAACGUGAAAUAAGUACCACUAACCUUUCUCUUGUUUUUCGUUAUGUGUGUUAUAGUAGAAACCGAGAGGGGUCUAUGCCACGGCUGUGGUUUUCCCUAUUUUACGAACAUACGAUUCCGCUUUGUUUUUUGAAUUUUCGUUUUCUAGGACCCUUUUUACUCGUUUUGGCAUUCUUUUCGCUGAAUGAAUAUAACAGAGACCGAACUUGGUUUAGGUUAAAGUCUGGAGUUUUCCUGUAUUAUAUUAGACAGUUUUUGAGUGUGCUAGGUUUUCCCUUGAUUUUCCCCAUAUUUUUUAGACUAGUUUACGUCCUUCUCCUAAUCAUUUUUACGAAUUUCCCCAUUCCAAUUUCAUCUUU